AUGGAUGUUGUUAUUCCUCUUUUUCAGACAUACUCAGGUCUUUUCUGUGUUGUCGUAAACCCAUACAAAAUGUUGCCCAUCUACACUGAGAAGAUUGUUGAAAUGUACAAAGGGAAAAAGCGACAUGAGAUGCCACCCCAUAUCUAUGCCAUUGCUGACACUGCAUACAGGAGCAUGCUGCAAGAUCGUGAAGACCAGUCCAUUUUGUGCACAUUUGUUUUAUACCAUAUUAUCCAACUACAGCACGAACCUGGUUUUGCAUACGGGGAGCUCGAGAAGCAACUCCUUCAAGCCAAUCCCAUUCUGGAAGCCUUUGGCAACGCUAAAACAGUGAAAAAUGACAACUCGUCUCGAUUUGGAAAGUUCAUCCGAAUCAAUUUUGAUGUCACUGGCUAUAUUGUUGGAGCAAACAUUGAGACAUAUCUGCUUGAAAAGUCUCGUGCUAUUCGUCAAGCUCCAGAGGAAAGGACAUUCCAUAUUUUUUAUUACCUACUCUCUGGCGCUGGGGUUAAGAUGAAGGAGGAUCUGUUGCUGGAACCAUUCAGCAGUUACCGGUUUUUAUCCAACGGUCAUGUCCCUAUUCCAGGGCAAGAUGACAAGGACAUGUUUGAGGAGACAUCAGAGGCCAUGAGUAUCAUGGGAUUUUCAAUUGAAGAACAAACCUCAAUAUUGAGGAUUGUUUCGUCCGUGCUGCAGCUGGGGAAUAUUAGUUUCAAAAAGGAACGAAACACUGACCAGGCCUCGAUGCCGGAUAAUACAGUUGCACAGAAGGUGUGUCACCUGCUGGGUAUGAAUGUGACUGAUUUCACCAGAGCUAUCCUGAGUCCUCGCAUCAAAGUUGGACGUGACUAUGUGCAGAAAGCCCAGACCAAGGAGCAGGCUGACUUUGCUGUAGAAGCUCUGGCCAAAGCAAUGUACGAACGCCUGUUUCGUUGGUUACUCAUUCGUAUCAACAAGGCCCUGGACAGGACCAAGAGGCAAGGUGCCACAUUCCUUGGAAUUCUUGAUAUUGCUGGCUUUGAGAUAUUCCAGGACAAUUCUUUUGAGCAGCUCUGCAUCAAUUACACUAACGAGAAGCUGCAGCAGUUGUUCAACCACACCAUGUUCAUUCUGGAGCAGGAGGAGUAUCAGAGAGAGGGCAUUGAAUGGAAUUUCAUUGACUUUGGACUGGAUCUGCAGCCCUGCAUUGAACUGAUUGAAAGAGUGACGAACCCACCAGGUAUUUUGUCUUUGUUGGAUGAAGAAUGUUGGUUCCCCAAGGCCACAGACAAGUCAUUCGUGGAGAAGGUGGUUCAGGAACUGGGCAACCACACAAAAUUUGCCAAACCUAAGCAACUGAAGGAUAAAGGAGACUUCUGUAUAGUUCAUUACGCUGGCAAGGUGCCUUACAAUGCAGGAAACUGGCUGACCAAGAACAUGGAUCCGUUAAACGAUAAUGUCGCUUCACUGCUCAACCAAUCAUCUGAUAAAUAUGUAGCAGAACUAUGGCGAGAUGUGGACCGUAUUGUUGGAUUGGACCAAGUGGCUAAAAUGAGUGAAAGUAUCCAAGGAGCCUCAAAGACGAAGAAGGGCAUGUUUCGUACAGUGGGCCAGUUGUACAAGGAGCAGCUGGGAAAGCUCAUGACAACACUGCGAAACACCAGCCCCAACUUUGUACGCUGUAUCAUUCCAAACCAUGAAAAGAGAGCUGGAAAACUUGAUGCACACCUGGUACUGGAGCAGCUGCGAUGCAAUGGUGUUCUGGAGGGGAUCCGAAUCUGCCGACAGGGAUUCCCAAACAGGAUUAUCUUCCAGGAAUUCCGCCAAAGAUAUGAAAUCCUAACACCGGGUGCUAUUCCAAAAGGGUUCAUGGAUGGGAAACAGGCCUGUGUACUUAUGAUCAAAAGCCUGGAACUAGAUUCUAACCUGUACAGGAUUGGACAGAGUAAGAUCUUCUUCCGAACUGGAGUUCUGGCUCACUUAGAAGAGGAGAGAGACCUGAAAAUUACAGAUGUCAUUAUUUCUUUCCAAGCUCGAAGCCGAGGCUACCUGGCCAGAAAGGCCUUUGCUAAACGACAGCAGCAACUUAAUGCAAUGAAAGUCAUUCAGAGAAACUGUGCAGCUUACCUUAAACUACGGAACUGGCAAUGGUGGAGACUAUUCACAAAGGUUAAACCACUUCUACAAGUCACACGACAGGAGGAGGAAAUGCAACUGAAAGAAGAUGAAUUGCAGAGAACCAAAGAAAAGCAGCAGAAGGCAGAACUCAGUCUCUCAGAACUUGAAAAGAAACACACUCAGAUAAUGGAGGAGAAGACUACCCUUCAGGAGCAGUUGCAAGCCGAAACAGAGCUAUACGCUGAGGCUGAGGAGAUGAGGAUUCGCUUGGAAUCCAAAAAGCAGGAGCUGGAGGAGAUUCUCCAUGAGAUGGAAGCGAGGAUUGAAGAGGAGGAGGAGCGGAAUCAGCAAAUGCUAACGGAAAAGAAGAAAAUGCAAACCCAAAUCCUGGAUCUGGAGGAACAGUUGGAUGAGGAGGAAGCUGCGCGACAGAAACUGCAGCUGGAGAAAGUGACCCUCGAGGCAAAGCUGAAGAAGAUGGACGACGAUAUCAUAAUCCUGGAGGACCAGAACAUCAAAUUUGCAAAGGAAAAGAAACUUCUAGAAGAGAGAAUAGCUGACUUUACCACCAAUCUUGCAGAGGAGGAAGAAAAGGCAAAGAACCUGACAAAACUGAAGAAUAAACAUGAAUCUAUGAUUUCAGAACUAGAAGUACGGCUCAAGAAGGAAGAGAAGACCAGACAAGAACUGGAGAAGCUGAAGAGGAAACUAGAGGGAGAGGGUGCGGAUCUCCACGACCAGCUAGCAGAACUCCAACAGCAAAUCGCUGAACUGAAGAUGCAACUUGCCAAGAAAGAGGAAGAGUUACAGGCAGCUAUGAGCAGACUCGAUGAGGAAAUCGCACUAAAGAAUAACGCUCUGAAGAAAAUCCGAGAGUUGGAAGCCUUUAUUUCGGAUCUUCAAGAAGAUCUGGACUCAGAGAAGUCAGCUCGGAACAAAGUAGAGAAACAAAAAAGGGAUUUGGGCGAAGAGUUGGAAGCCCUGAAGACAGAGCUUGAAGAUACUUUGGACAGCACUGCUACACAACAAGAGUUAAGAGCCAAGAGAGAACAUGAGGUUUCCGAGAUGAAACGUGCUCUAGAAGAAGAGUCAAGAUCACAUGAGGCUCAAAUUCAUGAAAUGCGACAGAAACAUAGUCAAGCGAUAGAAGAAGUAACAGAGCAACUGGAACAAGCAAAACGGGCGAGGGCGAACCUUGAGAAAAACAAGCAGACUCUGGAAAAGGAGAACAAUGAGCUUUCAAAUGAGGUGCGGUCUCUGUCCACAGCAAAAGCAGAAAUUGAGCACAAGAAGAAGAAGCUGGAGGGCCAAGUGCAGGAGUUCCAGGUGAAGGUGGCAGAUGGAGAACGUGCUCGGGCUGAACUCAAUGAGAAAGUGCACAAGCUACAGAAUGAGCUUGACAAUGUUACCACCAUCCUAAAUGACGCUGAGGGCAAGUCAAUUAAACUUGCAAAGGAUGUGUCCAGUCUUGGUUCCCAACUUCAGGAUGCACAGGAACUACUCCAGGAAGAGACACGUCAAAAAUUAAAUUUGUCCACCCGACUGCGUCAGCUGGAGGAUGACAAGAACAACCUCCAGGAGCAGUUGGAUGAAGAGAGCGAGGCCAAGAGGAAUCUGGAGCGUCAGAUAUCCACUUUGACUGCUCAGCUGUCAGAUGCCAAGAAGAAGUUGAACGAUGAUGUGUCCGCACUGGAGGGACUUGAAGAAGGGAAGAAGAAACUUCAGAGGGAAAUUGAAGCAAUUACCCAGAACUUUGAGGAAAAAGCAGCAGCAUAUGACAAACUGGAGAAGACCAAGAACAGACUGCAGCAGGAACUGGACGACCUCUUGGUGGACUUGGACAAUCAGCGGCAACUCGUUUCAAAUUUAGAGAAGAAGCAGAAGAAAUUUGAUCAGAUGCUGGCAGAAGAGAAGAAUAUCUCCGCUAAGUAUGCAGACGAAAGGGACAGGGCAGAGGCUGAUGCUCGGGAAAAGGAGACAAAGGCCCUGGCUUUGACACGAGCCUUGGAUGAGGCUUUGCAAUCUAAAGAGGACCUGGAAAGAGUCAACAAGCAGCUGCGAGCAGAGAUGGAAGAUAUCAUGAGCUCAAAGGAUGAUGUCGGAAAGAAUGUCCACGACCUGGAGAAAUCAAAGCGUGCUUUGGAUCAGCAAGUGGAGGAGAUGAAGACCCAGCUGGAAGAACUUGAAGACGAGCUCCAGGCGACAGAGGAUGCCAAGCUACGGCUAGAAGUGAACCUCCAGGCCCUGAAAACACAGUUUGAACGUGAACUGCAGGCCCGGGAUGAACAAAAUGAGGAAAAGAGGAGGCAGCUUGUUAAACAGGUUCAUGAGCUUGAGAGUGAACUGGAAGAUGAGCGUAAACAGCGUACGGUAGCAGCGGCGGCGAAGAAGAAGCUGGAGAUUGAUCUAAGUGACCUCGAAGGCCAAGUUGAAGUGGCCAUUAAGGGCCGUGAAGACGCCAUCAAACAACUGAAAAAACUUCAGGCUCAGAUGAAGGAUUAUCAGCGUGAACUCGAAGAUGCUCGGAAUUCCCGGGAAGAGGUCCUGGCUCAGGCUAAAGAGAACGAGAAAAAAGCCAAGAACCUGGAGGCAGACCUAUUGCAAGUCCAGGAGGAUUUGGCUGCUGCAGAACGUUCCCGCCGUCAUGCUGAGCAGGAGAAGGAGGAACUUGCUGAGGAGUUGGCAGGGAAUGUCUCUGGAAAGUAUGUAACAGGAAGAUCUUCACUCUUUUUCUUCUUGCUUAAAUCAGAGCAGCUAUCGAACGAGCUGUCUGCUGAGCGCAGUGCAAACCAGAAGAACGAGAGUGCUCGCCAGCAACUCGAGAGGCAGAACAAGGAGCUGAAGGCCAAGCUGCAAGAAAUGGAAGGGACCGUCAAGUCCAAGUUCAAAUCAACCAUAACCGCCCUGGAGUCAAAGAUUGCCCAGUUGGAAGAACAACUGGAGGCUGAAGUAAAGGAAAAACAAGCAACCACCAAGGCAACUCGCCGUACAGAGAAGAAACUGAAAGAGAUCCUGUUGCAGUUGGAAGAUGAGAGAAGACAUGGAGAGCAGUAUAAAGAACAGGCCGAGAAAAGUAAUUCGCGAAUGAAGCAACUGAAGCGGCAGCUGGAAGAGGCUGAGGAGGAAUCUCAGAGAAUCAAUGCCGCCCGGCGCAAACUCCAGCGAGAGCUGGAAGAGGCCACGGAGACAAAUGAAGCCAUGAGCCGUGAAUGUAACACACUGAAGAACAAACUCAGACGGGGAAACGAGCCGAUGUUGAGUGGAACACGGAGAUCUGGUGGCAGACGCGGAGUAAUCGAUAACACCUCACUGGAGAACUCUGAUGAAGAUGCUGGAGGACGAGAUGCAGACUUCAAUGGUACAAAAUCUAAUGAGUAACGACAGAAUAAUUACGGUAUAGAUAAGGGGGGAAAGUGAUUUGAAAAACAUUCAAAAAAAGUCACACUCUUACGUUACUAACAGGGCACUUUUUUUCCAUUUAUAAGGUUACUUGUUCACGAUUUUAAAAAAUUACUUUCACGUGCAUGUGGGCGAAACUAUUUUAUUUUACUAAAUAUUUUACAUGUAUCAGUUUCAAAAAAUAUGCUAGCAUUUAAAAUAUAUUGUAAAAAUGAAAUGUUAAAAUAUGUAACCCUUACGUGCACUGCCUGGAUGGGUUAGGAUUUUAAAAUGGUAUUUUGUUGCGAAACCAUAAAUGAAAUAGCACCAAAAAUAUAAAAGUUCACUCUUCCCUUCCCAAGAGGAUUUGGUCCUAUUGAGUAGUGCGAUGUAAUCAGAGAUGUGUGGUGCUCUUUGUGUUUUCAUAGGAAGAGCCAAGUACAUUACUGUACCAUUUACAACACAUUGACAAUACACCAGACAACUGCGACACCAGUCACAUCAUUCCAUACAAUUGCUUUAUUCAGCCACAUGAACUACUGGAGUUGAAAAUAAACUAUUGUUUGCAGUAACAUAUUCAUACCAUGCUAAACUUAGUCCGCAAAGAGUUUCUGAAAUUGUUUAUGAUCCACUAUCACAAAUAAAGGAAUUUGUAUCACAA